ACCAGGAGCAAAAGUGAAAAAAUUAUAUGAUUUAAUUAAAUCCGUUUAUAGCGAAGAGUACGGCGAAGAGGAUAUCACAAAAGACGAGGAAAGCGAAGAUGAAAAAGCUAUAGAAAAGCAGGAGAAGAUGCAAAGCACUUCCUCUAGCGAAUUAUUAACUGAGCCAGAGGAACCAACUUGUGAAUCGCAAAUUGCUUACAGAAAUAGGAAGAAUAUCUCCCCCAUCUUUGCGUCUGAUUCGCAAAGAGAACAAAAAGAGGUUGACUUCAAUCGACAAACUGACCAAUGA